AUGAGCCUCCUGGCUGGCGGGCAGCCAUCGGGCUACAGCACGUUUGCGCCGUCGCCGCCAAGCGCGGGUCCUCGGCCCAGAGCGUCGUGGCUCUCGCGCCUCUUCCUCGCGUGGUGCGCGCCGCUCUUGUCGCUCGGGAACGAGAAGCAACUCGAUCUCGACGAUACGUGGGUCCUCGACGAGGAAGACAGUUGCAGCGCCGCCGUGGCGCAGCUCGAGCAUCACUGGGCGCGCUCCGGGUCGCUUGUGGCUGCCUUUGUGCGUUGCUACGGCGGCGUAUACGGCUGCGUCGGCCUCGUGCUCGCGGUCGCCUACGGCUGUGACCUCGCUGGGCCCUUGAUCCUCAACAAGGUCGUCACACUCGUGUCGACGCCAGAGAGCGACGCGACGCUGAUUUGGAAAUGGCUCGGCGUGCUCUUUGGCUCGCGCGUGCUCAAGGCCGUCCUCUUCGCGCACGUGUAUGCGACGACGCAGGUCAUCGCAAUGCGCUUCACAUCGGCGCUCAAGAGCGUUCUCUUCCAGAAGGCGCUGCGCCUCAGCACCGAGUCGCGGGCGACGCGCAGCACGGGCGACCUCGUCAACUUGUAUACGACCGACGUCUCGAACCUCCUCCUCGCGGCCUACUACGUCCACGAGCUGUGGAUCUUACCGAUUGAGAUUGGCGCCGCGCUCUACUGUCUCCACGACAUUCUUGGCGCCGCGACGUGGGCCGGCGUCAGCGUCAUUCUGCUCGUGCUCUGCCUCAACCAAGUGCUCGCCAAGGUCAUGGCGACCGCGUUCGAGGGCAUCAUGCGUCUCAAGGACGAGCGCAUGGCGAGCGUCCACGAAGCGUUUGGCGCUAUUCAAACCGUCAAGCUCCACGCCUGGGAAGACAAGGUCGCGGCCAAGAUUCACGACAUCCGCGAACGUGAGCUCGCUUUUAUUUGGCGCUACCUGCUCGUCGGCGCGUUCAACAUUUUCACGCUCUGGGGUGCGCCAAUGGCGGUGUCGACGGCCACGUUUGCCGUGUACGCUCUCUACUUGCAGCAGACGCUGUCAGCUGCCAGCGUCUUUACAGCACUCGCGCUCUUCCGUCUCAUGCAAGAACCGCUGCGGUCCUUCCCCAAGAUCGUUACCGGCAUGAUCCAAGCGCAUGUUUCGCUGCAGCGGCUCAUGACGUACUAUGCACUCCCUGAACGGCUGCCCGAGGCGAUGGCGACGACGCCGGUAUCCCCGGACGUCGCGAUCGCUGUCUGUGAUGCUACGCUUGCGUGGAUUCGAGCCGGCGACGCACUCUUUCAUAGCCUCUCGCUCGAGAUCAAAGAAGGCGACUUGGUCGUCUUGCACGGAAGAGUCGGCAGCGGCAAGUCGUCGCUGCUCGCGGCGCUUCUCGGCGACAUGGAGCGUCGCGCGGGCUCGGUGUUUCUUGGCGGCUCGGUCGCCUACUGCUCGCAGACGCCGUGGAUCCAGCACAUGUCGAUCCGCGACAACAUUUGCUUUGGCUCCCAUUAUGAAAAGAAGAAAUACCUCAAGGUCCUCGAGGCGUGCGGGCUCAUUGCGGACCUCCAGGCGCUGCCUGGUGGCGACAAGACCGAGAUUGGCGCCAAGGGACUCAACCUGAGCGGCGGUCAGAAGGCAAGGAUCGCCCUCGCACGCGCGUGCUAUAGCGACGCCGACAUCUUUCUCCUCGACGCACCGUUCGCCGCCGUCGAUGCGAUCGUCGCCGCCGAAAUCUUUCAAAAAUGCAUCCUCGGUCUACUGCGCCACAAGACGCGGCUGCUCGUGACGUACAACACGGAGAUCAUUGCGUCCAACAUCGUGGACAGCGUGCUCAAGCUCUGCGACGGCCAGCUUGUCCAGACGCGCACGAUCGACAAGGCGCCGCUCGGUCCGCCGCCCGUCUCGCCGCUACUUGGCGUUCGCGUCGGCUACCGUCGCACGGCGUCCGAGAAGCUCCGAGCGACCCCAUCUAUAUCGCCAUCUCCUGCCUUUGCGUCCGUCCAGCAGCUUGUCGAAGACGGGUUCGCGCCGCUCGUUGCCCGCGCGUCUUCCUUUGCUCGGGAGAGUGGCCAGCUCGUGCGCGACGAAGAGCGCCACAACGGUCGCGUCUCUCGCCACGUCUUUCUGAGCUACUUUCGGGCCAUGGGCGGGGUGAGUGUCUGCGUCUUCCUUGUCGUGGUGCAGUGCGUGUGGCAAGGCCUCAUGCAAGGAAGCGACUUCUUUCUCGCGUCCUGGACGGCCCAAGACGACGCAGCCCAAGAAGAAAAUGCCACGAGCAAUGUCGUCUUGUAUGCGUGCCUCGCCCUCGGCAGCAGCGCACUCGUGCUCGUCCGCACGCUCACGGUCUCGAUCGGGGGCUUGCACGCGGCGAGGCACCUCUGCGCCGGCAUGACGACCUCCCUCUUGCGUGCGCCAAUGAGCUUUUUCGACGCGACGCCCGUGGGCCGCAUUCUCAAUCGGUUUAGCGACGACGUCUCCCGCGUCGACUUUCAGCUGCCGUUUGCGUUUGGAUCGCUCCUCGCGACGGGCUUCUCGGUGCUGUGCACGCUCAUCACUGCGAGCAUCGUUGCCAAGUACGUUGGGCUUGCGAUUCUUCCUCUCUUGCUCCUCUACGUGCGUCUCGGACUCUACUACCUCCAGCCGGCGCGGGAGCUGCAGCGGCUCCAAAAGGUAACGCAGUCGCCCGUCCUCGCGCACCUCGCCGAGGCCAACGACGGGUGCGCCGUCAUUCGGGCCUUCCACGUGGCCGACCGAUUCACGCACGAAAACGCGGCCAACAUCGACGCCAACAACCGCGUUGUAUACGCGAGCAUCAUCACCAACCAGUGGUUUGCUCUGCGCAUGCAGCUCCUCGGCGCCCUCGUCGUCGUCCUCUUAACAACCGGCUUGACGCUGCUCAAGGACACUUUGAGCCCCGGAGUGAUUGGUCUCGCCUUCAACUACAGCCUCGCCGUUGACGCCGGCCUCGAGGGCCUUCUCCAGGUGUGGUCAUGGCUCGAGACCUCGAUGGUCAGCCCGGAACGCCUCCAAGAGUAUAUGGACGUGUUGCCAGAGACGACGAGCGACGCAGCCCUCGUCGUGCCCGAGCCGUCCUGGCCUCGGUUCGGCGAAGUUGCUUUUGAAAAUGUCUCGCUGCGCUACACGCCAAGCAGCGCCAACGUGCUCUGCGACGUGAGCUUUCGGAUCAAGGCGGGCGAGAAGAUCGGCGUCGUCGGGCGCACGGGCGCCGGCAAGUCGAGCGUCGCCUCGGCGCUCUUCCGCCUCUACCCUCUCGCGUCCGGCAGGAUCCUCCUCGACGGCGUCGACACCUCGACCGUGGACAUGCGUCUUCUUCGAAGUCGGCUCUCGAUCAUUACGCAGUCGCCCAUCCUCUUCAAGGGCACGCUGCGCGGGUACCUCGAUCCGUUUGGCGACUGCUCGGACGACGACCUCUGGCGUGCGCUCGAAAAGGUCGAGCUCCGGCCGCUCGUCGCCGCGUUGGACGCGACGCUGGACGCAGCGCUGGAAGAGAACGGCGAGAACCUCAGCGUCGGCGAGCGUCAAAUGCUCUGCAUGGCCCGCGCCCUCCUCUCGGACGCGCAGGUCGUCGUCAUGGACGAGGCCACGGCCGCCGUGGACGCCGAGACGGACGCCAAGCUCCAGCGCGUGCUCCGGUCCGAGUUCAAAGAGGCGACGGUGCUCACGAUCGCGCAUCGCCUCGACACGGUCUUGGACGCCAACCGCAUCAUGGUGCUGGACGCCGGUCGCGUCGUGCAGUUUGGGUCGCCCAUGAGCCUCAUCGCGCGCGGCGAGGGCCACUUCUACCAUCUCGUCAAAGAGGGCGGCUACAUCGACCGCGUCGGCUCGUAG